AUGGCCGCCUCCUCGCCCACAACGGCGGCCGCCUUCUUCUUGCUCGUGCUGCUCCAACUGCUGGCGCCGGCCAUUGCAGACGCCGGCGAGGCGGCGGCGCUGCUCGCCUUCAGGCGCGCGUCCGUGGAGGCCGACCCGCGCGGCGCCCUCACGACCUGGGCGUCCGGCGCCGGCGCGAACUCUACCGCGCCCUGCACGUGGGCCGGCGUCUCGUGCUCGCCGCCGACCGACGGCCGCGUCGUCGCCGUCAACCUCAGCGGCAUGGGCCUCGCGGGCGAGCUCCGGCUCGACGCCCUCCUCGCGCUCCCGGCGCUGCAGGGCCUCGACCUGCGCGGCAAUGCCUUCUACGGCAACCUCUCGCACGCGCCGUCGACGCCGUGCGCGCUCGUGGAGGUGGACAUUUCGUCGAACGCCUUCAACGCGACGCUGCCCGCGGCGUUCCUGGCCUCCUGCGGCGCGCUGCAGUCCCUGAACCUGUCCAGGAACGCCCUCACCGGCGGCGGGUUCCCCUUCGCGCCGUCGCUGCGGGCGCUCGACCUGUCGCGCAACAGCCUCGCCGACGCCGGCCUGCUCAACUACUCCUUCGCCGGCUGCCACGGUCUGCGCUACGUCAACCUCUCCGCCAACCUCUUCACCGGCCGCCUGCCGGAGCUGGCGCCCUGCAGCCAGGUCACCACGCUCGACGUGUCGUGGAACCUCAUGUCCGGCGCGCUCCCCGCCGGGCUCGUGGCCACCGCGCCGGCCAACCUCACGUACCUCAGCAUCGCCGGGAACAACUUCACCGGUGAUGUCUCUGGGUACGACUUCGGCAGGUGCGGCAACCUCACGGUGCUCGAUUGGUCCUACAAUGGCCUGAGCAGCACCAGGUUUCCGCCGGGCCUCGCCAAUUGCAGCCGCCUUCAGGCGCUCGACAUGUCCGGGAACAGGCUCCUCUCCGGCUCAAUACCGACGUUCUUCACCGGCUUCUCUUCUCUGUGGCGGCUGGCAUUGGCCGGCAACGAGUUUGCCGGACCGAUACCGGAGGAGCUGAGCCAGCUGUGUGGCAGAAUUGUUGAUCUGGACCUGUCGAACAACAAGCUUGUUGGUGCCUUGCCGGCAAGCUUUGCAAAGUGCAACUCCCUUCAGGUGCUUGAUCUAGGUGGGAACCAGCUAUCCGGGGACUUUGUGACCAGUGUCAUCAGUACCAUCUCCUCACUGAGGAUGCUGCGGCUUUCAUUCAACAACAUCACGGGCGCAAACCCGCUGCCGGUGCUCGCCGCGGGGUGCCCAUUGCUUGAGGUGAUCGACCUUGGGUCUAAUGAGUUCGAUGGAGAAAUAAUGCUGGACCUGUGCUCAUCACUGCCUUCUCUGCGGAAGCUGUUCCUCCCAAACAACUACCUCAAUGGCACGGUGCCGGCAUCGCUUGGCAACUGUGCUAAUCUGGAGUCCAUUGAUCUCAGCUUCAACUAUCUGGUUGGCCAGAUCCCACCAGAAAUAAUCACUCUGCCGAAGCUCAUUGAUCUGGUCGUGUGGGCGAAUGGCCUAUCCGGCGUGAUACCGGACAUCCUCUGCUCCAACGGCACUACACUGGAGACAUUGGUGAUGAGCUACAAUAACUUCACCGGAGGCAUUCCACCUUCCAUUACAAGGUGUGUGAAUCUGAUAUGGGUGUCGCUCUCCGGCAACCGUCUUACUGGGAGUGUGCCCCCAGGCUUUGCCAAGCUUCAGAAGCUCGCCAUUCUGCAGCUCAACAGGAAUCUGCUCUCUGGAAGUGUGCCAGCCGAGCUUGGUAGCUGCAACAACCUCAUAUGGCUUGACCUCAACAGCAACAGCUUGACUGGCACGAUACCAUCAGAUCUAACGGGCCAGGCAGGGCUUGUUCCAGGGGGUAUGGUGUCAGGGAAGCAGUUUGCAUUUCUUCGGAAUGAGGCAGGCAACAUCUGUCCUGGUGCCGGUGUGCUCUUCGAGUUCUUUGGCAUCCGGCCAGAGCGCUUGGCUGAGUUCCCCGCGGUGCACCUUUGCCCGUCCACGAGGAUUUACACGGGCACAACGGUGUACACAUUCAAAAUGAAUGGCAGCAUGAUCUUCCUCGACCUCUCAUACAAUGGUCUCAACGGUGCAAUACCGGGCAGCCUCGGGAACAUGAUGUAUCUCCAAGUCCUUAACUUGGGGCAUAAUGAGCUCAGCGGUACAAUACCAGAAGCAUUCUCAGGGAUGAAAUCGAUCGGCGCACUUGACCUCUCAAACAAUCAGCUCAGUGGCGGCAUACCCUCAGGUCUUGGUAAUCUGUAUUCGCUUGCCGACUUUGAUGUCUCCAACAACAACCUGUCUGGUCCAAUUCCUACAUCUGGUCAGCUCACCACAUUCCCAGCAUCCCGGUAUGACAACAACUCUGCUCUCUGUGGUAUUCCUUUGCCGCCUUGUGGCCACAACCCUGGCAGGGAAGAUGGGGGACGAGGUUCACCUGACGGAAACAGCAAGGUCAUUGAGGCAAGCAUUCUUGUCGGAGUGGCACUUUCUGUUCUUAUACUUCUCCUGCUGCUAGUCACACUGUGCAAGCUAAGGAGGAACCAGAAGACCGAAGAGAUCAGAACCGGUUUUAUUGAGAGCCUUCCAACAUCUGGUCAAACCAGUUGGAAGCUGUCAGGGGUGCAGGAGCCACUAAGCAUCAAUGUGGCAACAUUCGAGAAGCCGCUCCGGAAGCUCACCUUUGCGCACCUCCUCGAGGCCACCAACGGCUUCAGUACUGAGACCCUCGUAGGCUCGGGAGGAUUUGGAGAGGUGUACAAGGCCAAGCUCAAGGAUGGUACUGUUGUGGCCAUCAAGAAGCUCAUCCAUUAUACAGGUCAGGGUGACAGGGAAUUCACAGCAGAGAUGGAGACUAUUGGCAAGAUCAAGCACCGCAACCUUGUCCCACUGCUUGGAUAUUGCAAGAUUGGUGAUGAGAGGCUGCUUGUGUAUGAGUACAUGAAGCAUGGCAGCCUGGAUGUUGUGCUCCAUGACAAUGACAAGGCUAUUGUGAAGCUUGACUGGGCAGCAAGGAAGAAGAUUGCAAUUGGUUCAGCGAGGGGCCUUGCUUUCCUCCACCAUAGCUGCAUCCCUCACAUCAUACACCGGGACAUGAAGUCAAGCAAUGUGCUUCUUGACAACAACCUUGAUGCCCGUGUGUCGGACUUCGGGAUGGCAAGGCUGAUGAACGCGCUUGACACACAUCUGAGUGUGAGCACACUUGCAGGCACACCUGGGUAUGUGCCACCGGAGUACUAUCAGAGCUUCAGAUGCACGACCAAAGGCGAUGUCUACAGCUACGGCGUUGUGCUCUUGGAGCUCCUCUCAGGGAAGAAGCCGAUCGAUCCGACUGAGUUUGGAGACAACAACCUUGUCGGUUGGGUGAAGCAGAUGGUCAAGGAGAACAGAAGCAGUGAGGUUUUUGAUCCUACGCUGACAGACACAAAGUCCGGGGAAGCUGAGCUGUAUCAGUAUCUGAAGAUUGCUUCUGAGUGCUUGGAUGAUCGGCCGAUCCGAAGACCGACCAUGAUUCAGGUCAUGGCUAUGUUCAAGGAGCUACAGCUUGACUCUGACAGCGACAUCCUCGACGGACUCUCGAUCAAUUCGUCGACCAUAGAUGAGGCAGCAGAGAAAUCAUCGUGAUGUUCUCUGAUUUUUGCAGUUCUUCAUUCGCUGGAAGGAUAGAACGAUGGCGAAAUAGCUCAAUCAUUUUAGCUUAGGAAAGGUAGUGUCCUCCAAUUCAGUUGGGAGAAGUUGUAAUUUUGGUUCUAGUUUUUGUACAUAGCAGUCAAAAGUAUGAGGAGGGAUGAUGUUAGUUCUUACUUGCAACAACAAAUCAAGAAAUGUUCUCUUUAGCUGUAGAGAUCUGUUUGUUACCUUUUCAAUCGUAUUGCUUGUAUUUCGGCAUCCACCUUGUUUAGAUUGCACUACAGCCUAGGCUUUUCUCA